AUUGUAGUUAGGUGAGUUGGUUGGUGACGGUAGUUAAAAAUACUAUGAUAUUUAAAUCAGAUCACAAGUUAAAAAAAUAGUAUAAAAUAAAUAGAUCAAAAUUAAAUUGAAUUAUCUAAGUAUUCGUGGCCUUUAUUUAUAGUAGUAGGAAGAUAUGUUGUAAAGAAACUCAAAUUAUUGGUUGAUUGGCUAAAGUCUGUUCACCAAGUCUGUGGUAGAAUUUAAUUAGCACUUUGACCCCUCGAUCCUAAUCACCAAUUCCUGAUAGCUACAGAGAGAGAGAGAGAGAGAGAAAAUGGAUGUGAAGGAAACACUUUUCAUGAACGGAGGAGAAGUAGAAUCAACCUAUGCUCAACACCCAGGCUUUACGCAAAAAUUGACUUCCAUAACCAAACAUAUACUGGUAAAUGCGGUUCAUUCUCUGUUCUCAGAAGAUUUCCACCGGAAAAAAGUUCUCAAUGUGGCCGAUCUCGGUUGCGCGGCCGGUCCGAACACUUUCUCCUUCAUUUUAACCGUCAAAGAAAGCUUGGAGAGGAAAUGCAAGGAGUUAAAUUGCCAACCGCCGGAGCUUCAGUUUUACUUGAGCGAUCUUCCCGGUAAUGAUUUCAAUUCGCUCUUCAAAGACUUGUCUAGAGUCGGUGAAGAUCAAAAGAGUGAUGUUCUUCUUCCAUGCUUUGUGAUGGGAGCUCCUGGUUCUUUCUAUGGCCGCCUCUUUCCUCGCAGCAUGUUGCAUCUUGUUCAUUCCUCCUACAGUGUCCACUGGCUCUCUCAGGUACCCAAAGGACUUACAAGCAAGGAAGGCUUGCCAUUGAACAAGGGGAAGAUCUAUAUAUCAAAGACAAGCCCUCCUGUUGUAGCAGCAGCCUAUCUAGCUCAAUUUAAAGAAGAUUUCACCUUGUUUUUGAAGUCUCGUGCUGAAGAGAUGGUUCAAAAUGGUCGUAUGGUCUUGAUACUUAAUGGUCGACAAGCCUCGGAUCCCUGGUGUCAAGAGAGCUGCUACCAUUGGGAAAUAUUAGCCGGGGCCAUAUCUGAGAUGGUUUCACAGGGCUUGGUUGAUGAAGAAAAGUUGGACUCCUUCAAUGUACCAUACUACACGCCAUUACAGGAGGAAGUGCAAGAUAUAGUUGACAAGGAGGGAUCAUUCGCAGUUGAACAUUUAGAGACAUCUACACUUGCUAUUGUAGACAACCAAGAGAGUGAUACAAGGGCUAAGGGAGAAGAACUUGCCAAGAAUAUCAGGUGCUUCACUGAAUCAAUCAUCUCUUACCAAUUUGGAAAGGAAAUAACGGAGAAAGUGUAUCACAAGUUGACCCAAAUUGUAGUUAAGGACUUGGCCAACAGAUCACCGACGAGCACAGCUGUUGUUGUUGUGCUUAGCAGGACCACGGGAUAGCUCAAUAUUCUCAACUUGAAUCAGGUGAUGGCAUGGCUCCUAAGUUUUUUCAGAUAAUAUGUUUCCAUUUAAGUAUAAGAUAAUGUUCUGAAUUGAACUAGGGGACGAAAAUGUGAGAAAUGGAAAUUUUAUAUGUUAAGUCAUUAUAUUAGAACAUUUGUGCUAUUAAUAUAAAAGUUAAGAUCCAAUCUAACCAAACUUAUAGGGUAGAAAAUAUAAUAAAGCAAAAACUUUGUAUGAGAGAGGUGUCUAACUGUUUUUGUAGUGAUUUGCACACAAACAAGUGUGUACCUUGAGUGCAAAAAGUGAUUUUUUUUUUUGGGUUCACAAUCAGGAGUGUUUGAGCCGAUUUACGUAUACCUCAAUUAAUUUAUUUUUCGGUCCGGUUUAAGGUAGGUCAUUCACACCUGUACUAGUUUGUUCAUGAGGUAUAAAUUUUUCGUGGUUUGACCACAAAAACUAUCAAAAUUCGAAUUUAAAACGUCUGAAUUUAUAAUUCGUUCCGUUAUCAGUUGAGAUUAAAAACAAAAAAAAAAUUGACUUGUGUACCUUGCAUGCAAGGCCUUGCACAAGUAUAUAUAUAUAUAACUUAAAUGAAGAAAAAGGUGGAGUCUUCUAGUGUUCAGCAGAGAGAGAGAGAGAGAGAGAGGGAGAAAUUCCACCUUUUUUCCUAUUAGUUUACGUACAAAGUACAACUCACAUAUGGAGGAAUGUCGUGACUAGCUAGUAUUUCAUGUUAGAUUGCCGUGCUAAUUUUUCUGCACAUUUGUGACUCAUUUACAUUGUACACAAGAAAUUUCGCAACUUAAUUCAGAUUUUUGCGAUUUUUAAAAAAAUCGUCGAAGUCCCUAUUAUCUUUUAGCUAUUAU